GGCGACUGUUGGACUGCAUGCAUGUGCGCAGGGACAAUGUCUGUCAACAAUGAUCGAGCAGCUGAAGAGGCACUUCACCGACAAUUGCCCGGCCGAGAAACACAAGAGCAAGGGGCAUAAGCACUAUGUCUGCAAUUACUGCGAGCUCCGGUUCGUUGGGUCGGCCACCAACCUCACGGAACACUUCCUGAAGGGCAAGUGUAUAAUCGAUCGCGUGACCCGCCCGUUGGACGUGGAGGAGAGGGUGAGGAGGUUGGAGGGGAUACGAAUGGGGACGAUGCAGGCGGAAUCCCUUGUCGGAGGGAAGGGAAGCGCGGGUGCGGGUCCGAGCAGUGCUCCCUCUCGUAGCAGCUUGGUUGUCCCACCCACGAUGGUGUCGAAGCCCCUUGUCCCGGCUGUUGGGGAGUCGACCACACCGGCGACAUCCGGGAACGCUGCGCCGUUGGCCGGACGACCGACAAGGCAAACUCUUAUCGAGGAGGCGGACAGCAUCGUCACGCACAAUGAGCAGACCAGCAGAUACCUGGACCGUUUUCUGAUUUGUACAAAUCAGCCGUUCAGCCUGCAGGAGAACUACUACUUCCUUUAAACUGCAAAAGCCCAACUCAAACGCCCAGCCGUCACGAGGUUCGCAACGAACUUCGAGAUGUUGGAGUCCUUGAGGAGCGGGAGGACUUCACUUGAGUUGUGCGUCGGGAACGUGGCAUGGGUUGACAAGUUGGUAAGGCCUGAGCAGGUGCCUGCAUUCAACGCUGUGACGCGCAUCAUUGUCGACAGUCGAGGCUUUUGGGACGAGGUGGACAGAGCAAUUGCUGUGAUGGAGCCCGUAGUCAAGUUGCUACGUAUGGUGGACGGUCCCAGAGCCACUAUCAGCAAAGUGUACUUCGGCAUGGACGCGAUCGUGGCACAAAUGCGGAUCCUCGACUGUCUGACGGAGGACGAAAAGGCUGCGGUGGAUAACAUUCUCAUGAACCGGUGGGCGUUCAUGACAUCAGAGUUGCAUUGCGCUGCAGCCUUCCUCGAUCCUGAGUACCGGUCGCAGACGUUGUGGGACACGGAGAUCCGCGAGGGUUUCAACAUCUGGCUCUACUCUUGGCGCCACCGGAUGCAGACACCAGCACUAUGGUGGGAGGCCUUCGGGGGAUCGAUGGACCUCCUCCAGCCGCAGGCAAUCAAGCUUCUCGGGCAGGUGAGCUCUUCGGCCGCAUGCGAGCGGAACUGGAGCUUGCACCAGCUCAUCUACGGACAGCGGCGCACCAAACUCCUGCCCGAGAGGCUUGCGAAGUUGGUGUACAACAAUUGGAAUAUCCAAUUGACCACUCGCAGGGAGCUUGGAGAGACGGAGGGCAGCCACAUUCCUUGGAAGGACAAUGAGCUUGCGGCGGCGGAGGUGGAGGAGUGGUACGAAGAUUGGACGAGGAGGGUCAUGGAGGGGAGGGCCGGUGAUGCAGCUGCGGCGGAGGUUGCAGAUGAUGAUGAUGGAGAUGGCCCUAUGGUGCGUACGCGGCAAAAGAACGACGAGGAGGACGACCGCGCGGACGAGGAGGAAGACAUCGCCCGACUCGGCUCAGUGCAACGCGCUUGGCAUGCAAACACAAAGCCAGGGAAGCACAAAGAGCGUGAACUGCGCAGGAAGUCGGGCCUCCAAGAGCCCGAGCCUGCAUUCCUUUACACGCUGGAGGGCCAUGACCGUGCCAUGAGCGCACGACAAACGGGUGAUUGGGUGCAAGUGCGGGAGGAGACGUCAGGACAGCGGCAAAGAAAAAGAAAGGCGACAACUCCCGAGCCCGAUGAAGCGCGGUCAACGCGCAAGGGAAAGAGUAAGGAGGGAGGUGAUGCACUUGCACCGCCGAAAAGGAAGAGGAGGCGGCCUCCUCUUUCACCCGCGACGAAGGCUGCAAAGGCUGCAGCAAAGGAUGGGAGGAAGACCGCGGUAGACGAACAGCCUGCAGCCAAGGCUGCAAGAACAACCAAAGCUGCAGAGGCAAGGCGGAAGAGGAAGCGUGCGGCGCGGGUCAUGGAGGAUGACGACGACAAUGUUAGUGGCCAGGACAAAGUGCAGUCUUCCGGAUCGACGUCAUCGUCGUCUGAAGAAAGCUCCCAAUCGUCGUCAUCCGCGUCAUCAUCGGAGGAGGAUCCCGAGGAGGAGCAGCUGGAGGAGGAGUGUGGCGGCCCUCGCGGGGAGCGCCAGUCAGGGGAGGAGGCAGAGUAGCUCGCAAAUCCGUAGAUUUAGUGGAUCGGGGCACUUGUAACGGCAAAUCCGUAGAUUUAGUGGACCGGGGCACUCGUAACGGCAAAUCCGUAGAUU